UUACCAUGAACCCAACAGCAUGCAUAUUUCGGUAAGUCUUUCGCUUCCAGUUGCUCUCCCGCAAAAGUUCAGGUAAAUGUCAUCACCCUGUACGCCACUCAAUGGCGAACGACCAUUCCGGUUAGAUUAGUUAUGAGAAUGACGAGAAGUCGCAGUCACAACUUGAAUUACUACAUCUCAUUGGACACGUGAGUGGACCACUUGCUUUAAUUCGGAGGAGUGAUUGAAUUAAGGCUGGGCCUGAAUCACAGGUAUAAAGGUAGGAGAUUAAUAUUUCAUCAUCCCAUCAUUCAAACUCACAAAUUCAUUCAAUCUCUGCAUCAUCCACCAUGACUUUACCUGAACCCGGCGUCUAUUGGAUUAUCAGUUCCACUUUAACGGAUGCUUGUGCUAGUGUCCACAUAGGCGAAAGGUCGCUUCGUGCAGCUUCCCUCGGCUCGAGUGUCCACUACCAGAGGUGGCGCCUGACCUAUAUUGAACCUGAUGGCGACAGCCCUGAGGUGUACUGCGUUCUCACUGAGGCUACAAAUGAUUCUUUUACAUUAGGUGUCAAUAUCCAACAACUAGGCGAGAAUGUCUCAGGCUUGGACUCCCCCCAGCGCUGGGUCAUCAAGGAAACUGGCUCUUCCACGUACAUUCUUUACCAGUUACGGCGUGACGAUGACGGUGACCCUGGCAUUAAGUUCGUUUGGAGCGUCCAACAGACCUUCAAUCCGCCGAUCUAUAUCUCUUACGAAGGCGAAACGCGAGCCCAGUCCUGGUUCUUCAUACCUGCAUUUUAAGCAUUGAUAUAUAGAUGUCGUAUAAUCUAUUUACCUAUUAUUGCAGAUCCUAUCGUUGUGAUCGACGACUAUCAUCGAGAACUCGGAAUCAAGUACUUAUCCAAUUCCACCAAUGC